AGCAGAUUCAGGAGAGAAACACACAAGAGAUGAAAAAAAUGGCUCAGACUCUAUAUUUCAGUCUUCUUGUCAUUGCUCUCUGUUCAUUAUCUGAAGGCAUUCAGCGCCGCUAUCACUAUAUAAACAUUGAGAAGACCUGGACUGAAGCUCAGAGAUACUGCAGAGAGAAAUACACAGAUCUGGCCACAGUCAACAACAUCAAUGACAUGAACGAGCUGAAGAAGACUGUGAAUAACAAUCUGGAGUUUGUCUGGAUUGGACUGAAGAGAACAGAUGUUUUUACAUGGAAGUGGUCUCUGGGUGAUCCUGUGAAAUAUCUGAACUGGGAAACUGAACCAUCAACUGACACAAAUAAUUGUGCUGUUAUGAGAAAUGGAAAAUGGCGUCAGCAGAAGUGUAUUGAUAAGCUGGGAUUCAUCUGCUACAAUGAUGAGCUGAUAUUGAUCCAGAAGAAUCUGAGCUGGACUGAAGCUGUGAGAUACUGCAGAGAGAAUCAUGUGGAUCUGGUUUCAGUUGAUUCAGAGAAGAUUCAGCUCUGGGUGACAUCAGUGGUUCAUCAGGCCUGGACUGCUGAGGUGUGGCUGGGGUUACACUAUUACUGUCUCAUGAAUCUCUGGAUCUGGGUACGAGGAGAGGUCGUCUGCUAUCAGAAUUGGGCUCCAGGGGUUCAGAUUCAACUGAAUCACUGCAGCGGUGAACACAGAGCUGGAGCGGUUCAGUCUGGAGGAGAUCAUAAGUGGAUCAGCCUUCCUCGAUCUCAAGAACUCAACUUCAUCUGCACCAGAAAUAAAGAAAAUUAA